AUGUGGGCUCUUUACAAAAGGCAACAAGGAUUAACAGAAGAACUUUCAGAAGAAGAUGUGAAUAAUUUUAAUGAAAGAAUCUCUGCAGAUAAACUAAUAAUUGACUUAGAAGAUAAUUAUUUAGAGGUUGACUCUCAGGAAGCUGAUCACAGAAUUAGAGAUAAGUUUGCUACACAUUUCCAAGAAAAAGAUAAAGUUGAAGCAUUUUUAAUAGACAAGUGCCUAGAUAAAGCAAUUAAAAGGUUGCCAAUUUCUUCUAUAAAGAAGUUUAUUAAAAUCAGAGAGGAAAUAGAAACCUAUGCAGUUGCUUUGAGAUUAGCUAAUAGUAAAGGUUGGAGAACUGCUUUGCAAAUUGUUGGAAAAGAAACUGAUAUGGCAAAAGAAUUUUUUAAGAAGACUAUAGAAACAGUUGAGCAGGUUCAAUAUUUAAAUAGGCAAGAUUUUUUGGAUCUUAUCAGAAUUAAAUUCAGCAGACUUGCUAACCAGAUUAUGGGUCUAGAAACACUGCCAUCUAAAGUAGAUACACUAGUUUCUUUUAUAGUUUGGCUUGACCUUAAAUAUUUCUUUUCAAAUUGUGCAGAUGUUCUAGCUGCAGUUUUAAAAGAGCAUUUAAAGGUACAACUAUUAGAUUCUACUAAAGAUUAUAAAGUUAAAAAACUUUUUUAG